CAGUCUGGCAGAUUAAAUAAAAAAACUGCAGUGUGCAUGUGUGUAUUGCGUGCGCGCGUGUGAAGGGGAGUGCAGUCCAUUUGAGUGUCUCCAGGGGAAUGGGAAAGGAUUGGUAAUGCUAGACCAGGUCCUAGAAAGGGGUUGCUUGAGCGGAUUAUCCUUCAGCAUGUGGUGAACCGCGUCCCUUUGGGACGACCAAAUUAAGCAGUACUGUCAUUUCUGUCGUGAAGGGAAAAAGCAGAGAAUUGUACAAUUAAGCCCCCAGUUUGGCUAAGCUACCACUACUUUCACUGAUUCCGAAUCGAUCACGGUGGUCGCGGCUAAUUCAGAGGUGGGUUUCGGCGUCCUUCGUGCUGAAAUGCUGGCAGCUUGGAUCUAUUGAAAGCACCUCGUGGAGCUGUCCAAUGUACUGAAAUUCAAACAGCUGUCUGGAGGAAGUGGGCUGUCGGAAGAUACUGGUUGCCUCUUACUUAACCUGUUAGUAUCUGCUGCAGGUACAGAAGUCAUCGCACUUAAUAAACUUAUUUUAUGGAACGGGUAAUUUAUGAUGGGCACUUGCUUGCUUUGAACACUGGACGUUUAAGAUAAGCAGUAAUCUAUUAACAUACGUUGUUUGUGAUUUUUGCUGGAAGUGUCCUUAGGCAACAUGCGGAGAUGAGGAUGCCAAUAUCACUGUCAUAACAGGAGACAGUCGAUCUCUGUAGACAAAGGUCGGGAAAUAACUUGUCAAUCCCACAUUUUAAAAGUGGACCAGAUGUUUUCUAGCAAAAAAGAUAAAUGUAUAGUUACCUAUAACUGCAAUAUUUUAACAUAGUAAAGUCUAAACCACGUCCUUUGUAUCCGUCAUCCUACAAGCUUGCUUGAAAUGAUUCCUCUUCUGAAUAACCGUGUGUGUGCCUGGUUACCUAUAAUAAAGCACAUUGCAAGUUACGGAUAAAUACAUUCCAAUAAACUGAAAGUUCAGAUAGUUUUAACCCAGUGAUUUUAAACAUGAACGCCUUGCUGUUGCAAAGCAAUUUUUUUAAUCACCCAAGUUUAGAAUCUGCCUUCUUGCCAUGUGCAUUACUUGUUUUACUCAGUUCAAAAAUGCCAGUAAUUUUUGAACAGAUGUACCGAAAUCCUCCUUACUGUCAAGUUAUUAGUCAGCAAACACCAGCUUCUUAGAUAAUGACUGCAGCUGCCAUAGCAAGUGCUGAUAGACAUAAGCACAGACACCCAACGAAUAAAUGACUGUAGUACUGAGAAAUGCUCGUCAGGACUCAGCAUUCAGCGGAAACAAAAGGACUUCAUAUUUUAGAGAAGGAUGACUUUCCACGACAGUGAAACAGACUAUUUAAAGACAAGCAUCUAUUGUUUUCUUCCUGGAAUACAGUCUAAUAACUAAUAAUGAAGCAUAUCCAUGACAAAACCACAAGAAUAAGCAAUACACUGACUAGGUUUAAAAUCUGAAGUUUUACAUCCUACCUGGAUAUCUCAGAACUUGAAAAGAAUGUUACUUAAACCCCAGGAAACGUGUAAGAAAGCGUAGAUAGAUGUUGAGGUACGUUGCUCUAAAAAGCGUAUAAACUAGGCAGGCAACAAGGCCGUAUAGAGGAAUUAUGGUUGAGACGUUAAACAUUGUGGUCCUGGGGGCCCCAGGAGUAGGAAAGACUGCCAUAAUCCGUCGGUUCAUCUACAAUGAUUUUACGGAGAAGUACAACCCGACCAGCUCCAGAUGUAUUUACAGACCAUCGGUGGUCCUACAUGACAGCGUUUAUGACCUGAAGGUUAUGGACACGCCACCUCUAACAGUCCUUCCUGCAAGAAGCUCUCAGGAAUGGAUGGAUUCUCGAUGCAGGGGUAUCCGGAAUGCAAAUGCCUACAUUUUGGUAUAUGACAUCUGUUGCUGGGAAAGCUUUGAGUAUGUGAAAAUGAUUCGACAGCAAAUAGUAGAAAACAGGAUGAGCAGCAGCAGUGAGGCACCAGUCAUUGUUGUCGGCAAUAAGCGGGAUCUGCAAAAGCAGCGAUUUACAUCUAGGAGAGCUAUCUCAGUGCUGGUGAAAAAGACAUGGAAAUGUGGCUACAUCGAAUGCUCAGCUAAAUACAACUGGCACAUUGUACUUCUUUUCAAGGAACUCUUGGCUGGCGCAGUUAUCACAGGAUGUAAACAUAAUCACUCUGCUAUUCGAAUCCAAGGGGCCCUUCACAGAAACCGCUGCAGCCUCAUGUGAGCAAUGCCCCCACUACAAAACUGGCUAGCAUUAAUACGGUCUACCUCAGUGAUGUUUGGCUAUUAGCCAUGGACUACAAUUUUAAUAUGCGCUGUAAGACAUCUGUGAUCUGGCAGUGCCAGACCCUAGCCAUGACAUGAGGAGGUCUGGGUGGAGCCAUGCUUAUGGUUCAGGUGACUGCUAGACCUCUGCAUGUAAUGGCAGAAUAAAGGGCUCAUUUUCAAGGGCUGGGAGGUAGCACUUAAGUUCCAGCAUGUGGAUACAUUUAAUUUAUCAUUAUGACUUUAAAUAUGUGCAGAACAACACUAAAAUAUUUUUUAUUUUUAAUAGAACCAACAGACCAUGAAGAAUCCAGAAAUAAAGAAGCCCUACAGCAAAAAUAGUCAAGGUGUAUAAAGAAAAGACACAGUAUAGCACAAGCAUUGAAUACAAAAAGUGCGCAACACCUACACAACAGUACUCCUGUACGUGAACCAACACAUCUGCCGUCAGCCCAAUACUACAACACACAAAGCAAGAUACUAUAUAUGUCUAAAUAGGUAUGUGUCAGUCAAUCAAUAGCACUUCUAGAGCGUGCUAAACAGUUGAGGACAUUUGGGUGAAACAGCUUUCUCUGACAGUAGAGUUCUCUUUUUGCUCCACUGUUGUGCAACCUCAAAAUAGGUAUAUUUAAGUUUGGGGGUAUGGGGGUGCAGAGGGACAAAACAUAUACCUAUAAAGUUCACCAAAAGUUGUUUCAAAAGCUUUUUUUUUAUUAAUCAGCACCCAGUGAUAGAGUUGUCAGUCGAUCAACAUGAUCUGUCUAAACGCUGUUUCUUGUAUAUUCUGAAACUUGCUGAAAUAAACCUGCUAGUGCUUUCUGAAUGGCAUAGAAUAAAUAAUAAAUCUCAACAAAAUGAAAGAAAACUCAUUGUUAUCUCUGUAGCAGCAGUGAAUGCAAUUAGCAAUGUUUAUGUUUCUAGCUUAAUUCAAAGUAAAGAUUAUUUAACCAUCUCCAUGGCUUAGUAGGAUAAAGCCUGACUUUGCCACAGAUGACCAAGUUUACCUAGUGAUUUCGGUGCUGGAGGACCUAAACAAAGUGGGUGGGAAUGGAGCAGCUACUGCCAUUACACUGACCGUAGUGGGAAUAGUGCAAUGGUGGCACCAGGGUGAAGGCUGCAACCCAAGCCUGUAUCAAUGAUACGUAGUUCAGCAACACCUAAGAUAAAAAAGCAACAACAUGAAAUCAGUGGUUUUAUUGGAACCCUGGCACCUCGGUGGGAGCCUUCAGGGGAAAGUAACUGUUCAAAGAAACACACACUUUAAAUGCACAAUGAAUAAAUUAUCAAUUAAUCAAUCAAUCAAUGAAACACUUCAAAGUACCCUUUGUGAAAAUAUGUAUGUAUUCGCAGUCAUAAGCAAGUACUGAUAGUCACAACUACUGUCAGGGAUAUUAAGCCUUAAUAUAGAAAAAAAACUCAAUACUGCCAUGGAUAACAAUAUGACUUCCAGCUCCUGGCUGCCAUGGAUAACAAUAUGACUUCCAGCUCCUGGCUCCUUUCCUGAGGGAAAUAAUGGUCAGCAUGGAAUCUGAACAGGAGUCUAGAUGGUGAGAACUGGGAACAAGAAAAAAAAAUGGUUUUGCCAGUGUUUAUUUUUAUUUUCCAAAGACAAGCAGAAGAUGUGCUCUUUCUUUGGAUAGAUGACAGAACAAAUUACUAUACCAUUUAAUGGGUCAAAGCAAAAGUACAAAUCUUAAAAAAGGUACUACUUGAGUUGCUUUUAUCCCAGUCCUUCCCGUUUAUGAAUUAUCUGAUGGUGUCAAUAAAACCUUAAUCAUUGGAGCAGUGAAUGAAGAACUAGCACCAUUCUUUGUGAGAAAUGUACACAUAGUGAUCAGCAGAGUUAACAAUUUAGUGAUGGCACAGUACUUGGUGAUUUAGUCAGGAGGCAAAGCAUAGUGAUUUUUCAGAUCCCAAUAAAUGUUAUCAGAUAGAUACAUUUACUAAGUCAUUCAUCUGUCAAACAGAUCAGUGGAUUAGAUACAAGGGUACAUCUCAGCCAUAACCCAAAACUUAAGGAAAUAUUUUUUUAAAGAUCAAGGUCAAAAUAAUGAUAAAGUGCCUGGUGUCGGUGUUAGUAGUACUGGUGUCAGUGUCAGUAGCAGUACUGGUCUCAUUGUCAGUAGCAGUACUGGUAGCAUGUCUAUUGUUCAUCUACCAUCCAGUCUCAAAACCACUUGUCCUGAGAAAGGCCAUUAGAGUAGCUAGUUGAGUAGGACAGACUGGACCUUUCCCCUCUCGUCAGCAACAAUCUCUUGCAAAUCCUUUGGGAAUCUUGAGAUGUUCUCAGCAAACUGAGCAAUAUAAUCACUACAAAGUGUCUUAUUUUAAACAUGGGGACUUCUUUCAGUAGGUCAUGCUUGGUAUACCUCCUCUGGGAGAUGCCCAGGGUACAUCCUAAAAAAAGUGACUAAAUCACAUCAAGUAAAUCUUAUGAAUAAUCCCCUUUAAAUUAAAGUGUGAUCCAGUUAGAACAACACUGAUUUUUGAAACUCAUCACUACACUUUUAAAGUGUCUUUGUCCCCUAAACCUCUCACCAUGUCAGUCUAUGCCCCCUACAUCCCUGGUGAUUAAAUAUACUACUUGCUGUAUCUUGAAGUAUGGGUACUAUUUUAAGAUACCUCAGUCACGGAAUUAGUACGUAUUCCCCCUUCAGCUCAGUGGUGCAAUGGUUAACGUUGUCGCCUCACAGCAAG